CAUUUGUUUUCAAGGUGGUCGGUUCGUGUCGGAUACGUGCGUUCAAUAAAUCGGUAGCAGUGCGCGCAUGAGCUGUAAUAGACAAUUUACAAAAUAUAACGGAUUAACUUCCAUUGAUAAAUAAAUAAUAAACAAAAAUAUUAAGAAAAGACACGAAGGUUCGCAGCAAGCUACCGCUCAAAUAUUGCAACAACAACAACAGCAACACCAAAAGCUUUAAAAGAAAACAAAACUUAACAAACUAGCAUGUGCUGUUGAAGAGGGUAAAAACCUGGACUUUUUGAGCAAAAAAUAAUCAUUUUAAUCAAUAAGAGAACAAGAGAAAGAGAGAGGGAGUCAGAAGAGUGUAACAGAGAGCGAUUUUUCUUUUUGGCCAAAAAACAACAACUGCAAAGAAAGAGGUCGUCUUGGAACUUCCGUGCCAAUAAUUAACUAUAAAAAGCAAUUGCCAGCAAUGCAUAGUUGAUUACGUUUUACAAAACCCCAUAAAAAAGGAUAUUAUCAAGCAAAAUAUGUCUGCAAUAUCAGACGACACUUGUCAACGAAGUCUUUGCUUUAACACUAAUAACAACAACAGCAGCAACAACAAAAAGAAAAAACGCCUUCAAUAUUGCCACCAGUUUCCACUACUUUCAUGCCAACAACAAAUAUGCAGCAAUGCUGUUCGGUUUGCAAGAAAUGGUAAAAGUUAUGACAACAGCAGUAAUAGCAAAAGAAACGGCAACAACAUUAGAUGGUGCUUGGGUUGGUGGUGUCUAUUAGCCACACACUUGUUCAUUGCCAAUCCAGCGUUUGCACAGCCGCCACCACCACCAACACCUCUUGAGGAGGGUCUAUAUCUGCAGCAGCAGCAAAAUCAGCAUCAGCAGCAGCAGCCGCAGCUCACCAAUGCCAAUAACAUUUACAAGAUCUAUAACAGAGAUACAAUUGUCCAACAAUCCACUGAAAACUUGGCCAACGAAAAUCUAACAUCACCACAAAAUAAAGGACGUCGACAAUAUGCGGCAGCAUUGCAAGAUAAUGAUAAAGAAGUAGUGGAACGCCUUAUCAGGCAAUGGGCACCUGUGGUAUGGCUGGCGCCUGAAGAGAAAUUCAUGCCGCUGGGAGUAGAGGAAUUCUUGGCCCAUGUGCAUCCCGAGAGCAAGGACAACUCAUUCACACCGGGUAUAUCAUUUGGAGAGAAUUCUGAGAAAUCAUAUUUGGUGACAAAUGCAGAAAUUGAUCAACUGCUGGAAAAUGAAACAUCAUUUAUAUAUGGACGUAAUCCAAAUGUAUCACCAGUACCCAUAUAUGCUGUGGUCACAUUGUGCAAUACGGAACAAUUGCCUUUGCCGCAAUCACCCAAUAACAAUCAAAACAUAAAUGUACAACAGCUACCCAUAAACUAUGCUCCGCCAGUUCUUCCUCCGGGACCACCCUCGGUUCCCUUAGCUGUAGUGCAACAACAACAACAAAGAUAUGCUCCACCACAUCCCCUAGAAAUAACUAAAGCCACACGUGGACCUUAUAUCCCCGUUACCUUGGGACCACAAGAUCAAUUUAAUAACACCAUAAGGCGUUCUUCCCGUCUCUAUCCCCUUUUCAAGCGGACAAGGCGUAAUAUUACUCCGGUAUAUCCCAACAAUUUGGCCACACCGCAGUUACCAAUUACACCAUUUGAUUUGGUAAUGGGAGAAAGUGCACCAGUACCAGAACUAUUAACAGCCACAAUGCCGCCAACAAGAGAUUCCGAUACCACUGAUGACACAGAGAAUGUUAACAAUUUUAUUGCCAAUUUAUCGGAUAAUGUUAAAUUCAGCAUACCCUUUAAUGACCAGGAGAAUAUUUUGGACAAUGAAAAUAAGCAACAAACAUUUGCCUAUAGGGAAGGUACACCGGUGCCAUCCUUUCAUGUUACAUACUGGAUGUUUUAUCCAUAUAGCCAGGGGAAAAAUAUGUGCACCUUGAAAUUGGGACCAUUUGGUCGUAUACCAUUUCCGGCCGUCUAUGGCUAUUGUUUGGGACGCAAAAAGGAUAUUGGCAGUCACAUUGGGGACUGGGAGCAUAUGACGUUGUAUUUUACGGGAGCUGCGGAGCCUGAGGCCAUGUAUGUCUCGGCUCAUGAUGCAGGGGCCUACUACACAUAUAAUCGUCUGACAGGUUCGUUUGAAUUCAAAAGACAAGAGACGAGAAAGGGUAUCUUGCAAAGGCCGAAUUUUCCCAAAACGGUGACAACUUUUAAUGAUCAUCCUGUGCUGUUUGCCGCAAAGGGUUCUCAUGGUCUAUGGACUGCGCCAGGCAAACAUCGCUUUGUCAAGGUGGCUCGUUUGUAUGACAUAAAUGGCUUUGGUACACCUUGGAAUACAUGGAAAAGUGUAACAAUCACCUAUGAAAAUUUGAAAUCAUAUGGACGUUCGUUGGCUCCCACUUGGCUUUCAUUCAAAGGCAAGUGGGGUAAUCCAAAGAGUAAAUGUCAUCCCUUGAGACGUAUUGGUUUGAACUUUUGCGAGUACACAGACGGACCCACUGGUAUACCAUUGAAGGAGCCACAUUUUCAAUGCGGUGCCUCCUAUAGACGAUAACGACAUGAAGUUUAUGUUUUAAGGAGUAUAACAGUAUUUCAAUUUGUUACUGCAUAAGUUUUGGGUGGUAUUUAUUUACUCUAGACAAUUACUAUUAUAUUGUUCAACUGUUCUGUUAUUUGGAAAAUUGUUGAUAAUAAAAACACUAUUUUUAUACAUUUUUUAUAAA